AUGGCCGGAAUUUCAGCAGCACGUCUUACAGAAGAACGAAAAGCAUGGAGACGAGAUCAUCCAUUUGGUUUUAUUGCUAGACCAUCCAAAAAUGCAGAUGGAACCCUGAAUCUUCUCAAUUGGGAAUGUGGUAUUCCAGGCAAACCCGGUACACCAUGGGAAGGUGGUUUAUAUAAAUUACGUAUGAUAUUUAAAGAUGAUUAUCCAUCAACACCACCAAAAUGUAAAUUUGAACCACCUUUAUUUCAUCCAAAUAUUUAUCCCAGUGGAACAGUAUGUUUAUCAUUACUUGAUGAAGAAAAAGAUUGGCGUCCAGCAAUAACAAUAAAACAAAUUCUACUUGGUAUACAAGAAUUAUUAAAUGAACCAAAUCCAAAAGAUCCAGCACAAGCUGAAGCUUAUGCUAUUUAUAUGCAAGAUAAAGUUGAAUAUGAAAAACGAGUUCGAGAGCAAGCAGCACGUUUUCGUGCAACGGAUAUAUAA